CCUCUUCGCCCGUCGUUGGCUGAUGACGCUCCAGAGCGCCCGGUUGUCUUGACAGUCUCGUGCAGCGACAUCCGAGGAGGAAAAUAGCCAUGAGUGCAAAAGCGAUACACCGACCACCCCGUCCCCUCACUCCCUCACCCUAUCGGAAGUGUUAAAAUAGAUGCCUUUGAGCCCUGAGCGACUUCGUCACACCUACAUGAGGUCACAAGCAGUCACUAGUGCCGAGGGACAGGUCGAAGGUGAGGCGAGUUCUGAGUGAAGGAAGCAGGGCCGGGCUGAGGCCAAGAAGAGGUUGGGCUGUGUCCUGCAUCCUGACACAGAGGAUUUUCUCACAGCCUUCAUCUCAUCCGAAAUGACUGCAACCCAUUGUUACUGCUGUUCGGAAUUUCUCCAGAGACAGUUCCUCACCUCUUUCCUUACAAACCCACACUGUGGCAGCCUCAUUAAUGCAGAUGGCCAUGCUGAAGUGUGGACAGAUUGGAAUGAUAUGUCCAAGUUUUUCCAGUAUGGAUGGAGGUGCACCACUAAUGAAGAUGCCUAUUCGAACCGUACCCUCAUGGGCAACUGGAACCAGGAAAGAUAUGACCUAAAGAAUAUCGUGCAGCCCAAACCCUUGCAUUCCCAGUUUGGACACUAUUUUGAAACAACAUAUGAUACAAGCUACAACAACAAAAUACCACUUCCAACCCAUAGGUUUAAGCGAGAGCCUCACUGGUUCCCAGGACAUCAACCUGAGCUGGUUCCUCCUGCAUACAAAUAAACAGAAAAGUCAACUUACAUGAGUAGCUAUUCAGAGCCUCAAACUGAGCAUCACUCUGUGUGUGUGUGGAAUCCUAAUAACUGCCAAUUUCAGAGUCCAUGAUUCUAAGAAAGAAUAAGAAGGUUCAUGUUUCCAGUGUAGAAUGUAGGAAGGAGCACAUUCUAAGAACAACUAAGAAUUUAGCUGACUGUAGCACAAUUUUACUCUCUGAAUAAAUAAAGCACACAAAAAAAAUUCUCUAUUCCUUUUUUUUUUUUAAACCAAGAUUUAGAUGUCAAAUUUAAGUUAAUUAUUUCUACUCUUAGGUCUACGUUACGGGUGUUGUAGGAAGGCAUUAAAAAGAAUUAUUUCUCUCAAAUCUACAGCCACUCUGCUUUUCCUUGCCUUCCAUCAGGGGCAGAACUGCAAAAUUCAUCAUGACUUAGGAUGCAUUUGGCUAGAUGCUUUCUGGAUGUGAGCGUGGUAGUCAUGGUCAGAUAGUUUACAUUUACUGUGACCUUAAUGAAUAUAUCCCCUCUUAAGGACUAGAAAAAGAAAAAUAACUGUUUUUAUUAUUAUAGAAGAUUUAAAACAUACAAAAGUAGACAGAAUAGUAUAAUGAACUCCCAUGUACCAUUACCCACCUUCAACAAUGGUUAUAACCAAUCUUAUCUAUCCCUAUCUACUUUCUCUAUUUUUAAAUUUUUCUCAGAAAUUAUAUCAUUUCAUCUAUAAAUAUUUCAGUUGAUAUCUAAAAGAGAUAAGGACUGUCCAUUUUUUACUCCCCCACAAAAGUCACCGAAGAAAACUUGAUCAAACAAAACUGAGUUAUUUAUUAAGCCUUUAGCAAGGAAGAACCUCAACUUGACACAGUCUUGAUAAUGAUUGAAAAGGGCGAUGUUAGGGUAGGGUAUUUUUAGGAAUUUGGGAUGACUCAGCUGGUUUAAGGUGGGUCUUUCAUUGUGGGGAACUGGCAGCGAUUGAAAAAAGGUUGUGAAUAGUUUAGGGUUGGUGAACCCUGGGAGACAAUAGUCUUAACGUGGCUAAACAUCAGUAUUUUCCAAUCUUUUUGGUCUCCUGUUUAAGAUAACAAUAUAAUAUUUGGGAGAUAUCUCCCAUAUAUUACCUUCCAAACCUUCAUUAUUUUAUGUUACGGGUAUAAAUAUGGAAUUUAUGUUAUAUAUGAUGUUAGGUACUGACAAAGUUUGUUUUUUUUUUCUGUAUGGCUAUCCAGUUGUCCCCAUAUUAGUUAUUAAAAAGACCAUACUUUCUUCACUGCUCUUCAAAGCCAUUUUUAUUAUAAAUCAACUCUCUGUGUAUACUUAGAACUGUUUCUGGGCUCUCUUACAUUCCAUUGGCCUAUUUGUCAUUUUUUUUAAUCCCAUCUUAGCUACAAUGGCUUAAUUACCUUAUUACUAUCUUAAUUAUGAUAAUUGUAUAAGUCUUAAUAUCCAGUAGAUCAAAUUAUUUUACCUUGUUUUUCUUCAAGAGGGUCUUAGCUAUUUUUGACCCUUUGCAUUUCAAUAUAAAUUUUAGGAUCAACUUGUCAAGUUCCACAAAAAGAUACUGUUAGGAUAUUGAUGGAAAUUGCAUUGUAUUGUCAGAUCAACUUUAGAAUUUGAGUUGUCUCUUAUUAAUACUAAUAAUUCAUUGGUGUGUGUUCUUGCAAUAUAAAUAUUUUAUAGGCACAUGUUUUAAGUUUAUAUGUUAUAUAUCUGUCCUAUACCCUAGGUAUCCAGCAUAUUUUUUUAACAUCUUUAUUGGAGUAUAAUUGCUUUACAAUGGUGUGUUAGUUUCUAUUUUAUAUCAAAGUGAAUCAGCUAUACAUACACAUAUAUCCCCAUAUCUCCUCCCUCUUGCAUCUCCCUCCCACCCUCCCUAUCCCACCCCUCUAGAUGGUCACAAAGCACCGAGCUGAUCUCCCUGUGCUAUGCUGCUGCUUCCCACUAGCUAUCUAUUUUACAUUUGGUAGUGUAUAUAUGUCAAUGCCACUCUCUCACUUCAGCCCAGCUUACCCUUCCCACUCCCCAUGUCCUCAAGUCCAUUCUCUAAAUCUGCAUCUUUAUUCCUGUCCUGCCCCUAGUUUCUUCAGAACCUUUUUUUUUUUUUAGAUUCCGUAUAUAUGUGUUAGCAUACAGUAUUUGUUUUUCCUCUUUCUGACUUACUUUACUCUGUAUGACAGACUCUAUGUCCAUCCACCUCCCUACAAGUAACUCAAUUUCAUUUCUUUUUAUGGCUGAGUAAUAUUCCAUUGUAUAUAUGAGCCACAUCUUCUUUAUCCAUUCAUCUGUCGAUGGACACUUAGGUUGCUUCCAUGUCCUGGCUAUUGUAAAUAGAACUGCAGUGAACAUUGUGGUACAUGACUCUUUUUGAAUUAUGGUUUUCUCAGGAUAUAUGCCCAGUAGUGGGAUUGCUGGGUCAUAUGGUAGUUCUAUUUUUAGUUUUUUAAGGAACCUCCAUACUGUUCUCCAUAGUGGCUGUAUCAAUUUACAUUCCCACCAACAGUGCAAGAGUGUUCCCUUUUCUCCACACCCUCUCCAGCAUUUCUUGUUUGUAGAUUUUUUGAUGAUGGCCAUUCUGACUGGUAUGAAGUGAUACAUCAUUGUAGUUUUGAUUUGCAUUUCUCUAAUGAUUAGUGAUGUCGAGCAUCCUUUCAUGUGUUUGUUGGCAAUCUGUAUAUCUUCUUUAGAGAAAUGUCUAUUUAGGUCUUCUGCCCAUUUUUGGAUUGGGUUGUUUGUUUUUUUUUAUAAUGAGCUGCAUGAGCUGCUUGUAAAUUUUGGAGAUUAAUCCUUUGUCAGUUGCUUCAUUUGCAAAUAUUUUCUCCCAUUCUGAGGGUUGUCUUUUCGUGUUGUUUAUGGUUUCCUUUGCUGUGCAAAAGCUUUUAAGUUUCAUUAGGUCCCAUUUGUUUUUUUUUUUUUUUUUUAAUUUCCAUUUCUCUAGGAGCUGGGUCAAAAAGGAUCUUGCUGUGACGUAUGUCAUAGAGUGUUCUGCCUAUGUUUUCCUCUAAGCGUUUUAUAGUGCCUGGCCUUACAUUUAGGUCUUUAAUCCAUUUUGAGUUUCUUUUUGUGUAUGGUGUUAGGGAGUGUUCUAAUUUCAUACUUUUACAUGUAGCUGUCCUGUUUUCCCAGCACCACUUAUUGAAGAGGCUGUCUUUUCUCCAUUGUAUAUUCUUGCCUCCUUUGUCAAAGAUAAGGUGACCAUAUGUGUGUGGGUUUAUCUCUGGGCUUUCUAUCCUGUUCCAUUGAUCUAUAUUUCUGUUUCUGUGCCAGUAUCAUACUGUCUUGAUUACUGUAGCUUUGUAGUAUAGUCUGAAGUCCGGGAGCCUGAUUCAGCAUAUCUUUUAUUGUGAUAAAAUAUACAUAACAUAAAAUGUACCAUUUUGGGACUCUCCUGGUGGUGCAGUGGUUAAGAAUCCGCCUGCCAAUGCCGGGGACACGGGUUCAAGCUCUGGCCCAGGAAGAUCCCACAUGCUAUGGAGCAGCUAAGCCCGCGAGCCACAACUGCUGAGCCUGCAUAACACAACUGCUGAAGCCCGCACACCUAGAGCCCAUGCUCCGCAACGAGAGAAGCCACCGCAAUGAGAGGCCCACACACCGUAACGAAGAGUAGCCCCAGCUCGCUGCAACUAGAGAAAGCCCACCUGCAGCAAUGAAGACCCAAUGCAGCCAAAAACAAAUUGAUUAAUUAAUUAAUUUUAAAAAAUGGUUUAACUGUUUUUAAGUAUACAAUUCAGUGGCAUUAAAUACAUUCACAAUGUUGUGCAACCAUCACCACUAUCCAUUUCCAGAACUUUUUCAUCAUCACAAACUGAUACUCUGUACCAAUUAAGCAAUAAUUCCUCAUUCCCCUCUUUUGUCCCUAGUAACCUCUACUCUAUUUUCUGUCUCUAUGAAUUUGCCUAUUAUAAGUACCUCAUAUAAGUGGAAUAAUACAAUAUUUUUCUUUUUGUCUCUAGCUUAUUUCACUCAGCAUGUUUUCAAGGUUCAUCCAUGUUACAGCAUGUAUCCUUUUUAAGACUAAGUCAUACUCCAUUGUAUGUAUAAUACCACAUUUUGCUUCUCUAUUCAUUUGUUAAUAGACACUUGGGUUGUUUUCACCUUUUGGCUAGUGUGAAUAAUGCUGCUAUGAACAUUGGUGCACAAAUAUUUGUUUGAAUCCCUGCCUUCAAUUCUUUUGGGUAUGUACCCAGAAUUGGAAUUGCCAGAUCAUAUGGUAAUUCUGUUUAACAGUUUGGAAAUGCCAGUUUUCCAUAAUGGCUGCACUUUUUUACAUUCCUACCAGUAAUGCACAAGGGUUCCAAUUUCUCCACAUCUUUACCAACACUUAUUUUCUGGUGUUUUGUUUGUUUGUUUUCAUUUUAUUAUAGCCAUCCUAGUGGGUGUAAAAUGCUGUCCUGCUGUGGUUUUGAUUUGUAUUUUCCUAAUGGCUAGUGAUCUUGAGCAUCUUUUCAUGUGCUUAUCAGUUAUUUGUAUGUUGUCUUUGGAGAAAUGUUUAUUCAAGUCCUUUGCUCAUUUUUGAAUUGUGUUGUUUGCCUUUUUGUUGUUGAGUUGUAGGUGUUCUUUAUAUAUCUUUAUAUAUUCUGGAUACUAAUCCCUAAUCAGAUACUAUAUGAUUGGCAAAUAUUUUCUCUCAUUCUGUAGGUUGUCCUUUCACUCUCUUGAUAGUGUCCUUUGAUGCACAAAAGUUUUCAGUUUUGAUGAAGUCCAAUUUAUCUAUUUUUUCUUUUAUUGCCUAAACUUCUGGUGUCAUA